AUGGAUGCAGCGUUAGAUAACCCGCACUACGACCCCGUGGAGCAUCUGCAGAUUCUCUUUGGAGCGCCAAGCAACAUUGAGCGUCUUUCGGAGGUUGCGCGUCGAGUCUACUCUCACCAAAAGGUACUGACGACGCGCAUUGCUGCCAACUCUCAAAAGAUCUGUUUGAAUGCUAGCGAGACCCAUGAAGAAACAAAGGCCGAGACGUUAGCACAGUUAUAUGCGCGAAUUGGAGAGCUGCGUGCACAGGCUUACACUACGGAAUCCAAAAUUACAACCAUGACAUCGCACAUUAUAUCGCUUGACCGCACAAAGUCCAAUCUCAUUUACUCCAUUACCGUGCUCAAGCGACUGCAAAUGCUCACUACGGCUUAUGACCAGCUGGGCGGGUUGAUAACUACUAGAAACUAUGCGGAAAUGGCUCAGACACUGCCAGCUAUCCAAGAACUAAUGGACUACUUUAAGCCCUUUCGCAGUAUUCCUCAGGUUGCAGUGCUCAAUAGACAAAUUGGCGACAUACAAGUGAAAAUUACCGACCAAAUCUUUUCUGACUUUGAAACAGUUCUUUCAGGGAAGGGAAAUGUUGAUCCUGAUCUGGCAAACAGUCUAGCAGAUGCGACGGCCGUGCUGGAAUUACUUGGCGACCAAAAUAAAACCAAGCUCAUCAACUGGUACUGCUCUUCACAACUGCAUGAGUACCGGACAAUUUUCCGCAACUCAGACGAGGCUGGGUCGCUAGAAAACAUGGCACGGCGGUUUUCCUAUUUUAGGCGACUGCUCAAACAGCAUUCCGAGUCUAAUGCUCGGUAUUUUGAUCCCUCGUGGCACAUGGCUGAGGAACUCACAAAUACCUUUUGCAACACUACCCGUGACGAUAUCCAAUCAUUGCUUUCAGAAAAUGGCGGCAAAGAUGUCAAUGUCAAAACUCUUUUACAGGCUUUACAGGAAACUUUGGAUUUUGAACAGUACCUAGAAAAACGAUUUGAGAGCGUUAGCGACUCACGCAGUUCUACUGACAAGAGCCCAGAGCCCAAGACCUCGCUCAAGUCAGCCAAAGCCAUUUCCAUGGCAUUCCAACCACACCUCAACAUUUGGAUUGAGUACCAAGACAAGCAACUGUCUCUCAAAUUUGCACAAUUUAAGGCACCACCACCGCCAAAACAAGCCCUUGACGAACAGGAACCAGACCCCACAGUGCUACCAUCGUCUGCAGAUCUCUUUAUCUUCUACAGACAAAUUCUCGCACAAACAUCCAAGCUUUCUACAAGGGAUCCUCUUGUCAACCUUUCCAAGUUGUUUGCCAAGUGGCUCGACACUUACUGCUCGCAGAUUUUACGACCAACUUUCCCCAAUAAGCUGUCUGACAAGGACGACUUUAAGACUCUUGCUCUGAUCAUUUCUACCGCUGAUUACUGUACAACAACUAUUUCCCAACUGGAAGAAAAACUUCAAUCUACUAUUGACGAGGACCUUAAAGACCAAAUUAACUUUGACAAUGAGCGUGGCAGGUUUUUGGACAUAGUGAAUCUCGGCAUCAAGCGACUUGUCAAUACCGUCGAGUCUUCUUUGGAAAUGCCAUGGCGUGAGAUGGCCAAUACCAAUUGGUCCCGGCUCGAGUCUGUGGGCGACCAGAGCUCGUAUGUCCAAGAACUGAACCGUGCACUGCAGGAGGAAACCAAGACAGUGCUGCAGUACACAACCAAGAAGACUUAUGUGAGGCUUGUGUGCGACAAGAUUGUCGAGUCCGUAGCCCAGUCCUUCUUGACGCAGGUCGUCAAGUGCAAGCCAAUUUCUGAGGUGGCCUCGGAGCAAAUGCUGCUGGAUUUGUAUGUUGUCAAAAGCACAUUGCUCAAGCUGCCGACAUUGACUGAAGGUGCAGACCCCACGCCAUCUUCGCUGUAUACCAAGCAUGUCAGUAGUUCCAUUGGUCGCGUGGAAACAAUUCUUAAAGUUAUUUUGACACAACCCUCACCGCCAGAGGGUCUUGUGCAAAAUUACUUUUACCUCAUUGGCGACAAAUCGGCAGAUAAUUUCCGCAAGAUUCUCGAUCUCAAGGGACUUUCCCGAAGUGAACAGGCCCGGUUCAUGGAGCUGUUCCAUGCUCAUAUGAAGGCCCAUGAUAACUUGGUAGAAUCAUCGCCAAUCUUGCAUUCCUUGAGAUUAACUAACCAGCCAAUUUCUCAGUCAAAUGGCUACGGUGUUUUGGGAAUGAAUGGCUCAGGAACUAGUUCACGAAAUGUCUCUGGGUCAUUUUUGAGCGGCUCAUCCAGUUCACGAGACCUGGCUUUAACAGGUGGGCGGAAUACUCCUGUCAACGAAGCAGUUUCUGCUCUGGCUGCAUCGUUGAGCCCACCCAGCUUACACAUCCCUAAGUUCGACAAGAGCUUUGGGCUGGCCAAGGACCAGCUGGAAAAGGGCAUUGAGAAGAUUACACAGGAAAAACCCGUCAACAAGCUUAAUGAAAACAUCCGCAGCUUUGGCCGGCUGUUCCGCAGAGAUACGGGUAACAACUAG